AUGACGACAACACCUCCUACCUCCAUGCCUGCCACAGCCCCCACAGCCGCAUCCCUCGCCGUCACAUCCGACUCGGAGCUCGAGUCCGUCAAGGACUAUGUCUUCCCUGACCGCACCUCCUCGCGCUCUGACCUCCCUUCCCUCGUCGCUACCGCCCAGCAACACCAGCAGCAGCAGAGCGCGCCAUCGAGCAGCAAGUUGAAACUCCCUUUCCGUUGGAAACAGCAGCAGGGCAUUUCUAGCCUAUCAGGACAGGCAGCACCUCGACCACAGCGGAUGCUGACCGGCCCAGACGUCCCACCACCAGUGCUUUUUACAGCAGCAACGGAGACAACGGAGCGCAACAAGAGGCACAGCAGCACCACGUCGUUCCCUGCCGCAUCCCCGCCUCUCCGCACUGCGAAGAGCGAGGUGCACGGUAUCGCGCCGUCCGCGCAUCCGCCUGGGCUCAUUGUCCCCGGACUCGGCUCCGCCUCCGGUUCAGGCUCUGCUGAUAGAGGCAGUCCCAACCCGAAGAUGACAAAGGACAAUCGCGAGUAUAGCAUGGAAGUCUAUAACAGCGCAGACUCACCGGGCAUCGUUCGAGGUAGAGAGAAGACUUAG